GCAGCUAGCAACAGCGCAUGCGCGAAUAGAACACGCAGCAACAACGCACCCAGGGACACCUAACGCGACAAACAAACCCCUCUUCUGAGGAUUCUGGGGGAUGGCGGUGAAUGUGUUCUCCACUUCCAUGACCAUAGAGAACAUGAGCAGACAUGACAUGCUCGCUUGGGUCAACGAUUCUCUGCAGCUCAGCUACACUAAAAUAGAGCAGCUCUGCUCAGGUGCGGCGUAUUGCCAGUUUAUGGACAUGCUCUUCCCCGGGUGUAUUCUUCUGAAGAAAGUGAAGUUCCAGGCCAAACUGGAGCAUGAGUACAUCCGCAACUUCAAAGUGCUACAAGCAGCCUUCAAGAGAAUGAAUGUAGACAAGAUCAUCCCAGUUGAAAAGCUGGUAAAAGGAAGGUUCCAGGACAACUUCGAGUUUGUUCAGUGGUUUAAGAAAUUAUUCGAUGCAAACUACGAUGGGAAAGAGUACGACCCUCAAGCGGCGCGACAAGGCCAGGACAUCUCACCUGUACCCAACACAGGACCCCAGAGGACAUCGCCUACAGUACCCAAAAACAUGCCAACCCCUCAUCAGCCGAUCAGCUCUGCCCCAACCAAUGUAAAACGAAGCAUUCCUGUGUUACGGAAUGAAGGAAGCGAGGCAGAGCUUGUGGAACUCAACCAGCAGCUGAUGGACCUGAAGGUGACAGUAGAUGGCCUGGAGAAGGAGAGAGACUUUUACUUUGGCAAACUGCGUGAUAUCGAGCUCAUCUGCCAGCAGCAUGAGAGUGAAAACAACCCAGUUCUUGCAAAGAUUAUUGACAUCCUCUACGCUACUGAGGAUGGUUUCGCCCCUCCAAAAGAUGAAAAAAUUGGCGACCAGCCACGUGAGCAGGACGAGUACUAAACACUAAAACAUGCAUCUGUACAUCCUUUAACUUGGUGUUCACUCACUCCACUCCCCCUUUUUAUCCAUCAACAUCCAGAAGAGAUUAAUCUCAUCAUUCGAUUAUCUUGACUUAUUUUUCUGUUAAUUUACUCACCCUGAGUAUUUGUAUUGUUUUGGUUUGUUCCUUUUUAACCAGAUUGGGAUUCACAUCUCCGCUUUUAACACAUGGGUGUGGUGUACUGAUUGAAAGGCUAACGUCGUUUUGGUUAAUGUAAUCGGUUUUAAAUACCAUUUGUACUUAAUGGUAGAGUUCUAGUAUUAUUCUCACUAUUCCAUUGGUCAUGAGGCUAAACUUGUAUAGAGUAUUAAGCAUUGCUACUCAAAACAGUUUUUAUUUAAAUAACACUAAUGCCAUGACAUGUACACCAAAACUAAAACCUUAAAGUCAGAAAGUUAUGGAGAAAAUACGAAUUUCUUAUUUGCAUAUUGACAUGUACAACUUCAUGCACAUACACCAUUAACUUUAUCUGCACUACUACUGUACCUGAUUGUUUUAAAGCAUUUGAUGAUUAUCUGCUGAGAUUAUUAUUAUUAUUUUUUUAGAGGUUGCUUUAUUUGAGAGCAAAAUGUCCACAUGGUUUGCAUAUUGCCUUUGUGAUUUGAAUUUGCUUUUCAGCUGUUGGGAGAGGGUGCUUUUAUUAUAUAGGAAGUAAUUGAAGUGUUUUAAAAACGAAAGAAUAACCAGUGGUCAGGAAGACCCUGCGGAUUUUACAAUUGUAUGAACAAACCUGUAUUCCACCUGCAUUCUUUAACGUGUGAGGAUGGACAUACUAAAGCAAAAUAGGAAAACAGUGACACUGGUGAUUAAUUUUAUUUUCUAUGUAUUUUGGUAGCCUGGAAAGGUAUAGUGUGGUCUUUCUGAUUAAUGAGAAUUUAGUGUGCACUUUGCAGCUGUAAGAAUUUGAGAUAUAUUUAUUUAUUAAAUAUGAAUAUAAAAUAGCCUAUGAACUUAAACCAACCUUCAACUUGGAUUUCAUUAAGGAAAUGAAUAUAUUAUAGUGAAAAUAUGGCAUUAGUGAAGUUUCUUUUUUUUUUGUUACUGACUAAACUAUAAAACUUUUAAAAACUAUUUAAAAAAAAUUUAGCUACAGCGGUGGUAUUUUUUUUUUUUUUAUGUUUCACAUGCAUUAAUGCCAUAAAGGUUGAUUUUGAUUGACAGGAUCUGUCUGUAACUCAUUAAUUUUGUCCCUGGUUUAUUUGGAGUUUUACUAUGUAAAAUAAAGUGUAUUCUGCCAAUGAAAAGAA